AUGACAGAGGCGGCGGCCAGGCAAGCCCUCCUGCGCUUCGUGGCCUCCCGAUGCUGCUACGGGAGCAGAGCCGCAGGAGAGCUGGCCAUCCGGCAGCUGCGCCAGCUGGGGACGUACCGAUAUCGGCUGGAGACGUUCAGUGAGUCGAGGUUAAGCGAGUGGGUGUUCGAGCCCUUCACCAAGCCUGGAGCGGCCAGACCCCCCGGGGACGCCCCCCUCGACCCCUGGGACCAGACCUGGCGCUGCCGGGUGCCCCACUGAGCGCUGGUCAGGGACUGUCACAGGUGCCAUGGUCACGGCCGGUCCAGGUGUGGGGUAUGCCACGGGGCAGGUCGGACGAGGUGUGUAACGUGCAAGGGAUCCCGGUGGAGGCUAAAGCAGCAAAAGAGAUGUCAGCUUUGUUCAGGUACAGGCCGCAGAAGGUGCAAUACCUGUUCUGGCCGGGGCAGCAAGACCUGUGCAACCUGUCAGGGAGAGAAAAAGCUCCAACAUUUCAAGCAGCUGGUGAUAACCUGGAAGAACAAUGUCUUUGAAUUUGUUUCUGAGCAUCAUCUGAACUUCCCAGGAGAGCUGCUCAGCAAAGUCAGUGGAGAGAAUAUAUUUAAAGACGAAAAUGUGGUGGUGUACCCCAUCAUCGACUUUCCUGAACCUGAGAUCUCCCUGGCCUCGCAGCGAGCCAUCGCAGAGCACAGCGCGGCGUUUGCCAUGUCCUCCCGCAUCCUCCAGCAGCGUCAAACAAUCGAGCUAAUCCCCAUCACAGAAGUUCACUACCAGUAUUCAGGGAAGCCUUACCUCUACUACAUCUAUGGGCUUGAAAACAAGGUGUAUGCACUGGACUACCCCGGGAGGUGCUGCUGCGGCUGCACCCUCGUCUGA